CGCUUCUGGCUUCCAAUUUUGCAGAAACGACGUACCGUGAGACAGAAAUAGCCCGCCACAAUAUUGUGCUCUUUUUAGAGAAUUUUCUUUUUUCAUUUUCCCUUCACGGCCUCACUUCUGAAUGUCCAGCGACACUUGCAGCAGUCCGGUAGAAGCAGAAAAGGGAAGGGACUAGGGUUUUUACCAGUGUGAAGAAACCAGACAAGGUUACAACGACGAUAGCCAGGGGAACCACAGAGAACCGACGGAAUGACGACCCGAAUCACUCCCGGCGUUGGAGCGAAUUUGCUUGGCCAACACUCCGCCGAGAGGAAUCAAGACGCCACCGCCUACGUCGGCAAUCUCGAUCCCCAGUUGAGUGAGGAAUUGCUAUGGGAGUUGUUUGUUCAAGCUGGACCCGUAGUGAAUGUCUAUGUGCCAAAGGAUAGGGUGACUAACUUGCACCAAGGAUAUGGAUUUGUGGAGUUCCGAAGUGAAGAAGAUGCUGACUAUGCAAUUAAGGUAUUGAACAUGAUUAAGCUCUAUGGGAAGCCGAUACGUGUGAACAAGGCGUCACAAGAUAAAAAGAGCUUGGAUGUUGGGGCAAAUCUUUUCAUCGGAAACCUUGAUCCUGAUGUUGAUGAAAAACUUUUGCAUGAUACUUUCAGUGCGUUUGGAGUAAUCGUUUCAAAUCCCAAGAUAAUGAGAGAUCCAGAAACAGGCAAUUCCCGUGGUUUUGGUUUCAUUAGUUAUGACUCUUUUGAGGCUUCAGAUGCUGCCAUUGAGGCAAUGACUGGGCAAUACCUCUGCAAUCGUCAAAUAACAGUGUCUUAUGCUUAUAAGAAAGACACUAAAGGAGAGCGUCAUGGGACCGUGGCAGAGAGAGUGCUGGCUGCCAGCAACCAGAACACUCAAAAAAGUCGGCCCCAUACCAUGUUUGCCAGUGGACCUCCUACACUACCUGGUGUCGCUCAGGCAAGUGGUGCACCAGUGCCACCACGCCCUUUUGCAAAUGGCGUUGUUCCUCCAAGUCCAGUAGUCCCUCAAUUGCGUGCACCAAACCCGGCCUUCCCACAAAUGCAGAUGGGUGGUGGACAACCCCAUUGGCAGGGUCAGCCUCCACAACCAAGUCAACCCAUGGGGCAUAUGCAUCCACCGCCUCCAGUUCAUUUCAGGCCGCCACCUCCAAACAUGCCACCACCACCACCUCCCCAGGGAAUUCCUGGUGGCUUUGCAAGACCUCCACCUCAGCAAAUGGCAAUGAUGGGAGGUCAACCACCACAACAAAUGUGGCGGCAGCCACCUCCUCCCCAGCAGCUGGCUGGUAGGCCCCUCAUGCAACAGAUGCAACCACCUCCUCCGCCUCCAAAUAUGAUGCCGCCGCCACCUUCAAAUUGAUUACAUCCACAAUCACUGCUCUCUUACCCUCUCAUGCCAUCACCAGGUUUUUAGUCUCUCAGAAGUUUGUCGUAUCAUCUAUUGUUGCUCACGUUAGGAACUGUCGAGGCAUUAUCUAGGAAGAUAGAUGAUAAUGUAAACUAUUUUCUAUGAACCAUUGCUACUGAAUCAAGUUGUGGGAAACUGGAAAUCUCCUUUCAGGCAGGUUGGGAGGGAGAAAUGGGUAAAGUUGGAGUUGGGUUUUAAUCAUGUGCUACUGUUUUUGUACCCUUUAACUGAAAGUCAGCCUCAGCCCUAUAAAGAUUGAAUCGAGCUAUUCUUAACUGACUGCUGAAUUGAUCAUUUUAGUACAAAAAAUGGAGCUGUGUCUGCAACUUUUCGUCGAAACCAUGGAAGAUCUCUCAGCCACUGUUCAAAGCCUUUCUUCAUGCUUUUUUGUUUGGUAAACUGAUACAUGGCUGAGAUGGCUGAAAUUGCACAUUGGUUUUGAUGAUUGUGUAAACAAAAAUUAGUCGAAUCCAUGUAAGUUUGACAAACCAAACUGAUCAUUUUUUCACCUUUUCUUUUCAGGAAUUCCUACCACUUCCUAAUAAAUUUACACAAAUUUU